GCGUGCGCGAGAUCUUCCUCACAGCUGUCAGCAUCAGACUCGGGUGGAGACGUGAACUAUCUUGUCCUGUAUACUAUCUUUGUCAGGAUCAACAGCUGGGUGGAACUCCGACGAAAAGUUGCUUCAAUGACAUUUUAUAUAGGGAUGGCAGCUUGACUGUGAGACAAGCAAGUUGUUGUAUUAACUGUUUAUUUCCCCCGCGGUGCCAUGGAUUUUAAUGUUAAGCGGUUAGCUGCAGAUGCGGGUACUUUCCUGAGCCGCGCUGUGCAAUUUACAGAAGAGAAACUUGGCCAGGCUGAAAAGACAGAGUUGGAUGCCCAUUUGGAGAACCUAUUGGUCAGAGCUGAGAACACCAAGCAAUGGACAGAAAGGAUUAUGAAGCAGACAGAAGUCCUACUACAGCCCAACCCAAAUGUCCGGCUAGAAGAAUUUGUGUACGAGAAACUGGAGAAAAAAGCCCCUACACGAAUGAACAACCAUGAGCUGCUGGGCCAGUCCAUGAUCGAGUCAGGAAAUGAAUUUGGUCCUGGCACUGCCUACGGAAAUGCUUUGAUAAAAUGUGGUGAGACGGAGAAGCAGAUUGGUGGGGCAGAACGGGAGUUAAUCCACAGUGCUGCCAUCAACUUCCUGACACCUUUCCGAAACUUCCUAGAGGGCGACUUCAAAACCAUCCUGAAAGAAAGGAAGCUACUGCAGGUCAAACGUUUGGAUUUGGAUGCAGCCAAAACCAGGCUAAAGAAAGCCAGGAUGACUGAUGCUAGAGCUGCAGCAGAGCAGGAGUUGAGGAUGACCCAGAGUGAGUUUGACCGGCAGGCAGAGAUCACCCGCCUGCUGCUAGAAGGCGUCAGCAGCACCCAUGCACACCACCUACGCUGCUUGAAUGACUUUGUGGAGGCCCAGGCUACAUACUACGCACAGUGUUACCAGUACAUGGUGGAUCUCCAAAAGCAGCUGGGCAGUUUCCCCUCGUCAUUCUCCAACAACAACCAGUCGUCGGUGUCGGGCGGAGCCAGCAGCAUCUCAGUGCCCACCAUCCCGGUGUCAGCCUCCCUGCCCAGUGUGUCUGCGGGCCACGGCAGCUCGACGGCAUCAGGUGGAUUCAGUGAAUUGCGUAGCUCCAACGGCAGCCGCAAAGCCCGAGUGCUUUACGACUACGAUGCUGCCAGCAGCAGCGAGCUUUCCCUGCUGGCUGAUGAGGUGAUCACAGUGAGCAGUGUCCCUGGCAUGGACUCAGACUGGCUGAUGGGCGAGCGAGGCAACCAGAAGGGCAAAGUGCCCAUCACUUACCUGGAGCUGCUUAACUGAGGCCCACAACGCCCCUUUUCCAGCCCUCUGUAACCAGCUGUGAUGUCAUAUUUAUAUUGUGUUGCAGGGACAGGCCUCACUUCCUCUUCCAUUCAGUCAUUUUAGAAUGAGUUAUAUUUCUAUGAAAAGGAGUCUCAGUUUUAGCAGACUUGAGCCGGAAUAAAUAAAUCAAUCUGAGUGAUAGGAAAGGAAAAUGGACCACAAUCCCUAACAUGUUUUGUAUGCAACUGCAGUACAUUUCUAAAACCUGCUUCCAUGCCUUUGUGUUUGAUGCCAUGCAAUCUGCAACAUGUGCCAGAACAUCUCCCAAACUGUAACUUAAAAAAAAAACAAACAAAAAAGUUUUUGUUUACAAUAUAGAUUUCAGAUGGUGACCUUUAAAUGCUUUUAAUGUGAGGGUUUUAUUUCUCUUCCCUAAGUUUUUUCAAGUUCAAUUUUUAAAAAAUGCACUUCAGUUUGAGGUGGAGAGCGAUGCUGAUUUUUAAGUCUUUU